AUGAAACUGUUCGUUCUGUUCGGUCUUAUUUGCUACGCACUCGGCGGUGAAUCGCCCGGAUUUUUUAUCAAACUCUCCAAAAGUGUACCCCGAAUCGGACGUCGGGGUGAUCUGGAGAACUUCUUUCUCAAGCAGUCGAAAAGUGUUCCUCGGAUUGGACGACGCGCUGGAGGUUAUCACAUGGAAAGCUCAUCACCGGAGGAGAGUGGUUCGAGUUGGUUCGAGCGGUACAUGAAGACCGUCAAGCGCCACCCGGCGGCAACGAUGGUGACGGAUGAUUCGAGCAAGUCCUACAAAAAGAUCCGUCCGCUCGACCUGAACCACAUCAUCGAUAUCCUAUCGGACGAUCUGUUCUUUGGGUCAGAUCUGAAGUUUAUCUCUUGGGAGGUGCUGGACGAGGCGCUGGAAGAAGAUCCGGAGCUGAUGCGGAAGCUAGAAUCGCUCGCCCGGGACAAGGAGGUACAGCAGCUGAAGAAGAUGCUGGGGGAGCACGGUGAGGAGCAGGUACAGUACGUACCGAUGGAUCGUAACGAGCUUAAUGUGGCCGGAAGCAGGGCGUACAUGUACCGCCUGGAUCGGGCCGAUCCGAACAAGGAACGUAUCGAGUACCAGCAGUGA